AUGGCCACCACAGCAAACGUUCCUACCAAACCACUUUCUAUUAUCCCCGCCGCCCUCACAAAGAAUGGAACAUUCUUUCGUAACCAAUACAUCAUCGUCUUCGACCCAUAUCUUUCGUCAAACCCAUUUCCUAUUCAUCCUGAUGAUGCUAUCCUUGCCGGCCUUAACAACUAUUGCGACUUCACUCUCCUUAACAACCUCCCUGCCGACUUCGAUAUCCAAUACGACACUAAACUGGACAAAUGGGUACAAUUAGUGAAUCCUCCACCCCACACGAACAUCAUCCUCAUUGAGACCAUGAGGAAUAUCACCUCUCGACUUAUCUAUAAAGUCAUCAUGGAAGCCAGUAACAUUCCCAUAUCGUCUAGCGAUCUUAUUUUUCAUCCUCGCCUCGGAGUAGGGAUCGCUCAGGGAAUUAUCAACCAACUAGGUCAUUAUCUUCAGAUAUUGAUUUCUUUUCGCAACCAUGGAGAUACGGGAGGAUUAGUAACUUUUGUGGCGGUAUGGGUCCAUUAUACUCGUGUUUCCAUUCAUACUGGUGCGCUUGAGUUCAUACAGAAUAGUAUGAAUGGACCGGUAACAGACUUCGACUUAAUUAAUGAUUUGCUUAUUAGGUUAACUGAUACUAAGUACCAAGUAGACGUAGUAUUUACUACUAUGAUGAGUACUUAG